GGAAUGGGUCAGGAAAAAUUCAGCGCAAAAAUCCCGCGGAACCUGAUUGGCAACCGUUUCGGCUAUAUAUAAACACGGGGAUCGUUUUUCACGUUUAGAAGCGCUUUUCUCUUAAGUCGGCCGAGCCGAGAGAGCCGAACACGGGAUUUGUUUUGUCGCUGUUUGACACGUCGCCUAAAUUAAAAAAAAAAGAAAGAAAAAGAUUUCAACAAGUACUUAUCGACUCUCAGGGGUAUAAAAGGAUGUCUAGGCGUUUGAGUAUUUUACCCGAUGGAGACGUGUUCUCGGAUUUUAGAAGACAAUGCGUGACAAUGGAUAACUGGAGCAACAAGUAUGACAAACACGGAACGCAAGUGUGGGUCGAGGAUCCCCCUCUGGUAGCCAACCAGGGACAGAGAACUGUGCCUAAAGUUCACAAGAUCAAGUGCAGGAUGACAAUAAAGGACGUGUCAGCAGCUACCAUGUACGACGUCCUGCAUGAUGGAGUGUACCGUAAGAAGUGGGACCUCACCAUGUUGGAGAGUGUUGACAUUGCCCGUGUCUCCGCCAAUGCUGAUGUGGGCUACUACUCAUGGAUUUGUCCCAAACCACUGAAGAACAGAGAUGUGGUGACCCUGCGUUCGUGGCAGGUGACAGAUGAAGACUAUGUGAUUGUUAACUACUCGGUCAAACACCCGAAACACCCUCCUCGCAACAACCUUGUGAGAGCCAUCUCCAUCCUAACUGGCUACUUGAUCAAGCCCAUUGGACCAAAUAGCUGUACCUUCACGUACCUAUCACAAGCCGACCCCAAAGGUUCUCUUCCAAAGUGGGUGGUGAACAAAGCGUCUCAGGUCUUGGCACCCAAGGUGAUGAAAUCUGUACACAAAGCGUGUCAGAACUACCCUCAGUGGAAACAGCAGAACUCCCCAGAUCACAAGCCCUGGCUAUAUCCAGAACAGAGCACCUUGCCGAUGAUGGACCCAGCUGAGCUGUCACUGCAGAGGGCAGACUCUCUUGAAAACGUGGAUGAGAGUUCGAUUGUGGACGCUCAGGAGAACGAGGAUAGCAACUGAACAAAUCAGUAAAGGGGAGCUGACGUUUGGCCAUGAGAGGGACCAGACGAUGCACUUGCACAAACUCUAUGAGACUCGAUGGUGAAGUCCGAUGACUGUCUCUCUGGGGCUCUUCGAUAAUCUUUUCACUCGUCUCUGUACCCAAAAUACUUAAUAUUUCUCUGGGUUUUCUUCAUCAAUGUGCCUUUUGGGAUGAGCAAAGGAAUGAAGUGUUUACAGCUGUUUUUAACCAAAUGAAAAUUAGCGCAGCAAUUUCCCUAUCUGAUCAACCUACCCUGAACCAAGAUAAAAGUCUCUUCAGUUCAGUGCCUUGCAGUUUUACUUAAUAAAUGCAAUGCACACGUAUGGAAAUAUUAGGGCUUGGCUGUGUUAUAGUUAGACGCUUGUGCAUUUAGAGAAGUACCUUUUUGUUGCUUCAGUAAAAGAUAAUACUUUGUGAAUGAAGUUGCCUAAUGAAGUAAUGCAUGGUUGUUUGCAUCUACAUGCUAAUUAACUGUUAAAAGGUGAAUAUGAAUGUAAGGGAAGAUUUGUGUUGCGGUUGAUGGAAGUAUUUUGACAGUGAACAGAUUUUUAUUUACACUUUUUUUUAACAGCUUGUAAAACAUUUUGAGUUAGCUGUUGUUGCAUGAAGCUAGCCUUUUUUGACUAUUUUGGUUAAUUUAGAAAAAAAGAUCGUAUUGACUAACAAUUUAAAUAUGAUUACGUUUAUUCACACAUUUGGUUUCGCUGUAAAAAGGACCCUUAACCACAAAGAUUUGAAGGGGGACACCUGUUUUUGGUCUGCACAGUAGCACUGGACCUUUUCAUCAAGUUGACAGCUAAAGCAAAGUACAUAUUUUUGUUUAAUAUGGAUAAACUUGGAUAUGGACUGGUUUUACUGCUUACCGUUAAUGGUAUUAACUUGAAUCGUGAUUAGCAACCAUGAUUAUUGCUCUGCUUCCAUGGGAAACACGGUUAAGAUUGUCCCUGAAGGUCUCCAUAUUGAUUUUUCUAUUUAUUGACAUGUGCAAUCAGAAAUGUAAGGGAAUUGGUUAUAUUUAGUUAUAUGGACCUUGAAUAUGAAGGGCACUUAAAAUAGGAUCACUUAUAAGUGAAUGAAAAUUUUGAGUCAUGAUACAUAUCGCAUCUACAUAGUUCAUCGACGUUGAAUGUUUCUUUACCUGAAGGAUUGUAAUUUACGUUACUGAUAACUCAGAUGAAGUUGUAUGACGGUAGCAGAAACCUUGAAAUGAAAUCCAGCAAGCCGAGCUCUAAAGCGUUGGCUUUUUUUUUUUAAA